AGACAACCCAGGAUCAGGUUUCCGCUAGGGGCAAGUAUGAAGCGGCGGUGGAAUUGGCGGGAGAUAUCAAUCACACAGCUCACGCGAGACAAGCGCAUAUACACGGCCCUGCAAGCAUAGAAACCGCACCUCAUCCAUUAAUAAGAUGGCCAUAGUGCCAUGUGAUGUUGUAAUUCCAUACACACACAGAGCGCUUUCUACCCAACUCGCAGAGCAAGCGAAAGAACCCAGCGGCGGCCGAAUCAAACACCAACUCCAAUGCCCAAAACUUGCUCACAAUCUCUCCUCUCGUCAUUCAAAAGAGAAAAAAAAAAAAAAGAAAGAUAAAAUGUAUCCCGUCAUCGACAUUCCCUUCCCAUCGCCCUCAAUUAAGAGGACCCGUAAUAUCAACGGGAAAGAAACUUCCUAUCAAGGACUGCAAUAGAUCAUUCUCCAGAACCACUGAAACCCGCCCUUUUAUUAGGGGGGUCUCAUGGCAACACGUCGCUGUGGGAUGCGAUUUUUGGUCUAAAAACGACGGUCGUGGCUGGUUCUGUUUACUUUUUGAUGGAGAGAGAAAAGAGAAGGAAAAGAAAUCAACAUCUCGGAUGGGAAGUUGGAUGGUUUUGUAGCAAAAACUGUGGGUCAGGUGACUAAACUACCCAAUGGGGCAUGGAGACGGAAUUAUGUCUAUCCGGAGAUCAUGUGAUAUGCCGUGCCGAACAGAUCCGGUUCAUUAUUCUCUUUGCUCGACUGCUUUGUAUAUUCACUUCUGAUUUCAUUUCUUGCUCUUCUUUUGUAUAUUUUUUAGGCGUGAAUUAAGUAUUAAGAUUUCAUUUUGGCCUUUGUCUUUCACUUAUGUAUUAUAAUGAGAGAUUGCCUGGUGCUUUGAGCAUCGAAUCGCUUCCAUGGACGCCGGGGAUGCAUGUAUGAGGAACAACAAUAUGAAGAAUUCCCCCUUCUAGGGAAUUUAGUCACUUGCUCGCUUUCCCUUGAUAUAUGCAGAAAAAAAGACAAACGGAAAGAAAAGCAAGGAAAGACAAAUAAGAAAAUGAACGAGGGAAAAGAAUGAGGAAGGAAAAAUAACGCCUGUGUCCCAAAUAUCAUAUCCCAAUUAACACCUUGGAGCCGCGUUGCAGUGUGCCAUUGAUCAUCUUUGUCUGCCAAUUCUCUUUGUUACGGAGACGUAUCUAACAGCCGCGGCUUCAUUGGAAUCGAGCACGACGACGAGGUGAAGUAGUAUCGCUAGCCAAUGGUCCGGUCGCAUACUUAGAUAUUCAUACCUUUGUCAAUCCUCCGCCUGCCUUCAUCCCGGCCUCGGAAUCUCCCCUUGUUGGUUCUUUGAUUUCCAGACCCCUCCGCCGAGCGAGAUGGAAAUACCUAAUCCUAUUCCCACCAUAGAUCCCGCAAUAAACAACGCAAUCAAGCCCUUGACGGCGAGCCUCUGUUUCCGGCUAAGCCUGCCUAGCCACUUGGACUUCUUGCGUCUGCUAUUUGGGCAGGGGCCCCAGAGCCCUCUAUCACUUCCCUGGCCAUCCAUCGAUGGCUUAAUGGGCACCUGAUACCCAUUCUCCGCAUCGUGCAGCUUGUAUCCCUGGCAAUACGCCUGCGCCUCACUUCUCACUUGUUCGAGCGAUGUGCGGGUUGUUGGGUGUAUGUAGAAUGGGGAUAAUGGCUUUGCUCCUCGCGAAGGGUCGAAAUCGCUCCCUGCUGGGCUACUGGGUGGGCGAUGGCAUGGGUUCGGUGAAGGUAGGAGAGUUUCUUCCUGCGUCGUCCAGGCUGAUAAGCUUUUGGUAUUGUUGGGGUCGCAUUCGUCAACAGGCGUGAGUUGCUGCUCCAUAGGGGAAUACGGAUCGAAUCCUGCAUCGAACACCUUGACGUCUUGGCUAAUUGAAGCCAUUGGGGAUGUGGUUGGGAGUUGUAGUGUGUUAUGCACACUCUGCUGAGGGAGAGCGAAAAUAUAUUAUUUCCUCGUUCCGAAGAUAGGGGUCGUAAUGUUGCUGGUUAUUUCUGUUCGUAGUUUUAGAGCUGCGUCAUCGGGUUGAAACGGGUUUCAAUUUCCGGGUUUCGAUUGUUCGAUUCGAAUUUCUUUAUGCCUCAAUAGGCAUCUAUCGUUUCUUGGGAGUGGAGAGAUGAGUUUAUGCUGAAAAAACAGGGAAAAAUCGUUCGAGAAAUCUAUAUGCGACUAUUUCUGAGGGUGUCUAUUGAUGCGAAGGAAAAAAUCGAAGGUGCUAAGAUAUAUGGUGUCGCCGAGGAACGGAGUAUCAAGAGAGUUAAGAAAUGUUCAAUGGGAUUCGCCAGGACAAGGUGGUAGGUAUGUAUUAACUUUGCGGAGAAGGAGAAUGAUGAAUUGGCGAAAGCACACGACUGAAUGCUUGGAAUAGAGGGGGCGAGAGGUAGCGGCGACACCUUCCCCUUCUCACCAAACUAGUGCUGGCUGUCCAGAAGGCUCUCCCCGGUCUGUCUAACAGGGUUUUUACUGGGCAGGACCGACGAUUGUCGCCAUCAUUCCUUGUGGUAUGAUUUUGUCAUUUUCCCUUGUGAAUGUUUCGUUGUUCGGUGUUGGAAUUGAGCUCGAAAAGUGGUCUCAGGGGUGAUAAAACGUGGAAUUAACACCGGCAAGGAUAUAGCACGGGUCGCUCCGUUUGGUUGGUCGAAAGAAAGCCUCAGUUCCCCGGAGAUGAAAUAUUUAAAUAAAUCAGAAUGGUAUCGAAUUUCAACUCAUUCGAGGUUUCAGGAGGCAGAGCGAAACGAAUUCUCUGGAUUCCAAUUCCGGGGGAGGGACCUUAGGUGAGCGAACUGAAGCUGGGUUUUGGGGGGGGGAAUUGGGCCAUGGUGGUCCACUCCUGUCAAUCCCCAAAAAAGCAAAAACGCCUUACUGCGUAAGCUCUGGGAGCCGUCUGCAAGGGCAGAACUCACUGGAUCAACAGCUAAAACAGGAGCUUAGGUUGAAGGCCCGCCAAUAGUCGCUGGGGAUAGUCCACUAGGCCAGGCUCCGGAUGCCCAAAUGGUUAGCACCCACGGCUAGACCGGAGCGUUUUAGUUAGUUGACUGGCUGCAUGGUUCUUUUGAAUUUUAAAAUUGUAAGGGCCAUCCAGGCUCGACACUCUACCGCCAAGCGAGCCAAGCUGCCUGGGAGUUUCUUUGAGCGCUGGUCCAGUGGUUCUUUCUUGUCCAUGAUUUGUUGAGCAUCUCACCACAUCCGCCAGAUUAAGUUCUCGGGGGCAAAGGCUAAUAAAUGACGGACGCAAAAACACAGUCGUAUUGCAGAGUGCCGUUGGCACACAAGGGCCAUCUCAUCUGGAGAUUAAAAAAUAUAUAAAAAAUAAAAACAAAAAAACAAAAAAAGUGAUGAGAUUGUCGAUUCUUGAAUUUGGUUGGAAUGUGCUGUAACUUCCAUUCCAGACUUGUCACUCAACUUGGUGCUGUGCUCUGGUGUGCGACAGAGUGGAAAUCCCAAUUUAUGCACAGCAUAUCAUGGACAAGAAAAUGUCCCAAUCAGAGCCACAGGGAUCUCGGGAAAAAGAACAAUAGAAAAACGAUAGCCAAUAACAUAACAAGUUAAUCUAUUUACUCAGGUACUCAUUCAACUUCGAGAAAAUUCCAACGCUCUCAGCAGCCUCCAACCCCUCUUGCUCCACCGGCUCGUUACUUCUCAACAGGUACAGAAUACCAAUAACUUAUAUAAAUUCCUGCUCCCUCUUCUUUAAUUCCUCCGCAAUUAGCAGCCCUUUCCCGCCGUCAAUCGCAGUGUCUGGGGCUUGAUUUCCCUGAUAUCUUGGCCGCUGCCCAAUAUCCGCACAGGAAGCCUCCACCCCCGACCAUUUGGCUUAGUGCCUCGCACUUCCCCACCAUCCAGUCGAGAUGCACCUUACCAUCGCGCCACUGUGGCGCCAGGGAAUUAUAACCGAACAAACACCCCAGAAGAGCCCCGGCCACGCAUGCGUUUGUGUCAGCAUCUCCUGCCUCAAAGGUAUGUAAGCUCCGUAAUCACUUUCUCGAAAGCAGCAAGCAGCAUGUGGUGGUUUGGCGGCUCCGUCGUCGCUUCUGCCUUUGAGCCCGUCGGAGUACAAUCCGAUCGAGACGCGCCUCUAGCUCGACUUGUCACCCACUCAUCGGCCCACCCAAAAGCCUCCUCGAUAAUCUCAUCUACGUUCUACUUCUCCGUGCAGAAUGCCGCGAAUGAGCCCUGUCACGGCACAACAGCUUACGAUGCACCGGGGAUCUGCAUGGGUGAUGCCUGAGAAGUCUGCCGCAAUCUGGAAUGUCACGGGAAGCGUAGAAGCAAGGCAUAUUAUCCCGAGCGGGUGUGUGCGCAUCAACGAGCCGUUUGGUGCAACAGUUCUGCUGUAUUUUACCCAACAGUUAUAGGCAACUUGCGCUGGAUUGUCAAGAUAGCCAAUACUGCGGACUACCUGAAAUUUGUAUUCGCGGUGGAGCAGGAGAUCAUUAGCUUGUGUCUGUUUGUGUGACAAUAAAAAAGGGGAAGAGAGAAGGAAGCAUGACCAUGUGAAUAGUGAAUAUCUCUAGUCCACCCGGUGGUCUAUCCAAGCAUCUCAGACCCUGCUCAACCCAUGCAUGCAAACGCUGAGCUUUGCCCUCCCUUUGGUGAGAGCUGUUUUCCGUUGUGGCACAGAUAAGACAGAAGAAUAAUGAGCAGCGCAUGCUCGGUAUCAUCAGUUCAUGCUGCCUAGAAACCUGUCAGUAUAGCUCUGUAUACUAGAGUGUGUCUAUAUAGGCGAUCGAUCGACGAGUAACAAGGGAUGCGAUACACGUACAGUCUAGAAUUUAGCUUCGCAGAUCGAGUGUCUUUUGGUUCUUGAAAAUCAUGGUAAAAUAAACAAGAUCACAUGAUUUUUGAUAUCAUUGGGCGUCAUAUAAUAAACUGGUGGACGCGAUAGAACAAAGAUGAACUGAUCUUCUAUUUCUGCUUGUUGCUGAUAGCUUUCCUAUCCCUGGAUUGCUUAAUUCUAUUCCGCAUUGAUUAACUUAUUAUCUCUUUAGUCAAAUGGUAUCUACUCCAGCAAAACGCCAACUAUUUACCAAAUUUUUUGGUCUUGAACCAUGGAAGAAAUUGGUUUUUACCUUGAGAAAAACAAUAGAG